AUGGCCACGCAGAGCCGGGACGCGGCCCGUGGGCCGCGGAGGGUGGCGGGGCGAGGGUUGCCCAUCCCCUCCAAGGCCAAUGGCACCACCAUUCCCACCCUGUCCAUGAACAAAGAUGGCCUGAUCGGAGGGGUGACGAAUCCCAACGAGGUCUUCUGCUCCGUGCCUGGCCGCCUCUCCCUGCUCAGCUCCACCUCCAAGUACAAGGUGACGGUCGGGGAGGUGCAGAGGAGGCUCUCACCCCCCGAGUGUCUCAACGCCUCCCUCCUGGGAGGGGUCCUCCGCAGAGCAAAAUCAAAAAACGGGGGUCGGUGUUUAAGGGAAAGGUUAGAGAAAAUUGGAUUAAACCUGCCUGCAGGAAGGCGCAAAGCGGCCAACGUCACCCUGCUGACCUCCCUGGUGGAAGGUGAAGCUGUUCACCUGGCUCGGGAUUUUGGGUACGUGUGUGAGACGGAGUUCCCAGCCAAGGAGGCAGCCGAGUACCUGUGCCGACAGCACUCCGACCCCGCGGAGCUCCACACCAGGAAAAACAUGCUGCUGGCUACCAAGCAAAUUUGCAAAGAGUUUGCAGACUUGAUAGCCCAGGACCGGUCGCCGCUGGGGAACAGCCGCCCCUCCCUCAUCCUGGAGCCCGGAGUCCAGAGCUGCUUGACCCACUUCAGCCUGAUCACCCACGGCUUCGGGGGCCCGGCCAUCUGUGCAGCGCUCACCGCCUUCCAGAACUACCUGGUGGAGUCCCUGAAGGGGCUGGAUAAAAUGUUCCUGAACAGCACGGGGAACGGGCACACGGCCGGGGACUCCAAAGCGUCAGAAAAAGAAGUGAAGCAUCGGAAAUAA